AGUGAUACAUUAUGACACAAUAAAUAAGACAGUCAAGCAGAAAAAGGCACAAUUAUGGCAGCUAUGAACGGAUCGGAGCGGGAGCGAAUGGAGGCCGAAAUAGACAAGAUCAAUCAGGCUUUGGAGGAGUCUGGCGAAUCCAUGGAUGAGGAUAACAAUUACGAGGAUCAUGAUGCAGGAACGAUUGGAGGAGCAAUGACAUUUCCAGAGGUAGUGGCUAAGACAAAUGUACAGAUGAUCCCAGUCAUCGAUGCUGGCAACGUGAUCUUUACUAAUCCGGAUGGGGGUAACCUGGACCCAAUACAUGGGCUGCCACUUGGGAAUGUGGAGAUGCCGACGUCGUCAAAUUUCUCUGGGAGCGACCUGCCCAACACUCCGGACACUUGCCUGUUGUUGAAUCGUGUCUACCAGGAGAUUGUUUUCGAUACCAUCCACGACGUGGAAGCACUGCUAGCUGCUAACAGAGAGCAUCAGAAGAACUGCCAAACCGAAUUGGACAAUAACUCCAAGUUGUCUGGAAAGAGAGCAGCGCCACUCACACAGUUCUGCAAGCCGUAUUUCCGUGAUUACUUUGGCAUGUGUCCGCCAUGUAAUGAAGAAACAUCGUUGAGAAAUGCGAAUAAGGUGCCAGAUGCUUUGCCAAGGAGACCUCGACAGUGGAGCUUCUCAGAAAUCAAUAUGUUGAAGUCAGCAGUGCGAUCCAACGUACUCAAACAACAGAUGGAAAAGCAUUUAGCCAAGAAAGAAUGCUGGGCACCAAACUACAAAAACCAACCGUGUAGCUAUUCGGAGUCAAAUGAAAUGGACACUUCUGAUAAGGACUUGUAUGAAACGUACAAGGAUAUUAAAAUUGACUGGCUUCGAAUAUCAGUUACUGAUUUUGAGAACAGUCGCUCGGCAAUCGAGUGUCAGUUGAAGUGGGAAAACGAGGCGAGUCCCUUGAUAUCCCAGGUGCGCUGGGUCAAGCAAGAGGAUGAGAAGGUAAAAUCUUUGGUGGAGAUUAAGAAAGAGAAGAACUGGAGGAAGAUAGCCAAAGAGGUUGGCAGUUGCAGAACAGCAUUCCAAUGCUUUCAGCGGUACCAGACACGAUUAAACGAUUCCCUCACCAAAAAAAACUGGACCGCCGAGGAGGAUAAGCAGUUGACUAAGGUUGUUAACCAGUGCAGAGUUGGGGACUACAUCCCAUGGAACUAUGAACUAGGAAUCAAUUAUGGCAUCGCUGGCACAAAGCGAUCAACCCCACUAUGCGCAGAGGCAAGUGGAAAGAGUCUGAGGAUCUGGUAA